AUGAACAUCCGUGUGCGAGUUCUGAAUGUCACCCAUGUCCAGCCGGCGCAAACCACCGAUCAGCCGCGACAUGGUGCCAUGAUCAAGCUCUCGCCCUUCGACACUUCUUUCCUCGCGCUAUGGCCGCCCCAGAUGCUCUUCUUCUACGACGGCACGAGCCUCCCGCCGUUCCGGUCACUCGUUAGCUCGCUGCGGGUCUCCCUUGGCGCCACGCUCGCUGUCUUCGCACCCUUCGCCGGCAAGAUCACGGCCUGCUCCGAUGACCACGACCUCGUCAUCGACUGCUCCUCGAACCCGGGCGUGAGGUUCGUUGAGGCAGAGUACUCCGGCGACGCCGCCGACAUGCAGCGGCUCGCCCGCGACAAGGAGCACGACAUCGAGGCGUUCUUGCAGCUCGUGCCGAAGCUCGAGGUGGGCAGGCUGCCUGCCCCCGCGUUCGCGGUGCAGGUCACGCGCCCAGCAGACGGAGGCGGCGCCGUAGCGGUUGGGGUGGUCAUGCACCACUCGGUGGCCGACGGGCGGUCCCUGUGGCAGUUCAUGCGGGCUUGGUCGACCACGUCGCAAGAGGGAUCGCUGGCUGUCGCUGCUGCGCCGUUUGACCGGGCGGGGAUCCUGCGGCACCCAAAAGCACAGGCUGGGGCGCGAAAUUUGGCUCGAUUCUGCGGGCCGGAGUUGCCCAAGGUGAACAAGUUCCCAGAUCCUGACUGGAGGAGGCUGAGCCAACGAACCUACCUUCUCACCGCUGGCCAGAUCCAGUCGCUGAAGCGGCGCAUCCAACUCCUUCAGGCCAAGAACGGCGACGGCGAACAGAACCACCCGCCGGAGCCGCCAACAACCUACGUCGCCAUCGCAUCGCUGUUGUGGACAUCCAUCGUCCGCGCCAGGUCCGUGAACAGCGCUGCCGCGGACGACGACGACGAGUACGUGUCGUUCCCCGCGGAUUGCCGCCGUCGCCUGCGCCCACCUCUGGAACCCAGCUUCUUCGGCAACUGCGUCAAGGUCCACUACGUGCGUGCCACGACCGGCGACCUCCUCUGCCGCGACGGCGACAACGACAAAGGGCUCGCGCGUGCUGCGGCAGGGUUUCAGCGGGCGAUACGCGAGCACGUGGAGAAGGAGGACCCGUUGGGCGACGCUGAGCGGUGGGUGGAGAUCAUCCGAGGACUAACGCGGGAAAGGCUUACGGUGCUGGGUGGGUCGAACCGGCACAUGAUGUACGAAGUGGACUUCGGGUGGGGGCAGCCGAGCCGGGUGGAAUAUGUGUUGAUGAUAUCGCUUUUAGGAGCGCCGGGUGGCGGGGUCCAGGUGUCCGUGCCGCUUCCUCGCGACCACGUAGAUACCUUCGAGGCCAGUUUUCUCUCGCAUGUCUCAGGGCAUGUACAACAAUAUAGCCGUCUCGAAGGCAUGCAUGAGUAA